GUAUUAUGGAAGGCUAAUUGAGGCUCGCCGAAGCCAUAACCAAAAUAAUAUCAAUACUCAUGAGAACAACAUCGCCCAAAUUAAACAGCAAUUAUUAGAUAGAGAAAUUAGUAUGCGAAACAUCCAGAAACCCGACAAGGAGUUCCCCCAAGGGGAUAUUAUUAGUAUGACAAAGAAUUAUUAUGAAGUGUUAGAAGUAGACAAAAAUUCUACCCAAGAAGAAAUUAAAAAAGCUUAUCGCAAACUUUCUUUAAAGUGGCAUCCGGACAAAAAUCCUAAUAAUAAAGAAGAAGCCGAAGCAAAAUUUAAGGAAAUCAGCAAAGCCUAUCAAAUACUUUCUGACCCCGAAACCAGAAAUCUUUAUGAUAUUUAUGGUGAAGAGUUUGAAAAUCUAAACUACUCCGGCGGAGGUGAUGCUUCUUCUAAUGCCGAGGAGAUAAGACGAGAAUUUGCCGAAGCGGAGAGGAAGAAGGAAGAAUUAAAAAAGCAAAUGCUAACCGUCCAGAUGCAAAAGGAAAAAUUAAAAAAGCAUAAUGUUAGAGCCGAAGAAUUAGAGCCAGUUAACCGCAAUUAUAAAGAAGCAAUUAAUAAUGCCGGAGAAACCCUAGAAGAAGUGGUUGCGGUUGAAGAAAGAAUAAUAGAUAAUAUUUGA